AUGCCACAAUCCGUCACUUCUAUCGUCAAGACUGUUGAUUUCAUUCUCAAGACCCCAGCUUUGGCUUCUGUCCUUGUCCCAGUCUCCAAGGUUUUCACCGAAUUGUCUGGUUACAGAAAGAUUGGUUUGAGAUUUGAUGAUUUGAUUGCUGAAGAAACCCCAAUCAUGCAAAAGGCCAUUUCCAGAUUGCCAGCAUCUGAAUCUUAUGCCAGAAACUUCAGAAUCAUUACUGCCCACCAAUGUACUUUGUCCCACCAAUUGUUACCAUUGAGCAAGCAAGUUAAGCCAGAAGAAGACGUCCCAUACUUGAUCCCAUACAUUUUGGAAGCUGAAGCUGAAGCUGCCGAAAAGAAGGAAUUGGAUGAAAUGGUUGUCGUUUCUAAGAAAUAA